AUGGUAGCCAAUCAGCUUCUAAUCUCAGUUUAUUCAUUUAAGCUUUAGCAAUAAAACCUGUAAGCUGAUUGGUUGCCAUGUAGAAGUGCAUGAGAUUCUGAGUGAACCAGCUUAGUAAAUAAACCCCUACAACUUUAAUUUCCCUGGCGGUAUUCCCGAGUGUAGCUCGGGGUAAAGUUUCAGUACCACAAGUGGUAACCCCGAGCUACACUCGGGCUUACCAUGCGGCAUUGCUCAGGGAUUCCCUGCAGCGCUUACCUUGUCCUUCGCUCCUGCGAUGUGUCCCCUGCAGCGUCCCUGGCCAUCUCCUCCUCCUUCUGUGUUCCGGUCCCUGUGACAUCGGGACGUACGGGGCCCAGAACCAGCGGCAAAUUUGAAAGUUUUAAAAAAUGUUAU